AUGGCUGCUGCACAGGCAUACUCCUCUAUAUCUACUCAUGUUGUUGUUAGACGGGAUUCAGUUAAACGACCAUUGCAAUGUCCGUACGAUGGUCCAUACAAAGUUCUUAACAAGUAUUUCACUAUAGACCUUCAGGGUAAACAUGAUAACGUCAGUAUCGAUCAAUUAAAACCAGCCUAUUUUGAGUCUCUUAAUUCCGUGUCCUCUCAUCAUAAUUCAUCUACUCAUUCUCCUACUGCUCUUUCUUUCUCAGACACUGCACGCUCGGAUACCAAUGUUACUCGUACAGGUAGUAACUUAAAAAUGAAUGAUGCUGAUGAGCAUGGAGUUCAUGCUCCUCCUUUGCCACCACCAGUAGCUAAAGAUGGAAGGCUUCCACCACCACCUCCCACAGACCCACCACCACCUCCCUUAGACCCACAACCAGCACUUGGCCUACCACCUCCACCACCACCUUAA